AUGUACUUGCUUCAGCCGAUGGUGAACUACCUGUGCAAGCCGCCCCGGCGGUGGUGCGACAAGUGCGUCAAGCGUCGCGGGGAGAUCUGCUGCGAGGGGUGCUUCCGAGUCACCAAGUCGCGGACGUACAGCGCUCUGUCCCCCGAGGACAUCCUGGAGAUGGAGGAGGGUCCGGCCGAACACUACCCGCCGACGGGGUGGGGGUUAUUCAACAAACCUGUGGUCCCCCGGUGGCUCGCCGUCAUUCUGGCUAUCUCGGUGGUGCUAACGGCCUUGGCCACCGUUGGAGCAAUCGUGUACGGGAGCGUGCUCAGCCUGCAGGCUAACUUCGGAAAGUACGAGACAGAGGCCGAGCGGAUGGCCAGCGUGAUAGACAAGAGGCUCCACAAGUACAACUACAGCAUCAACGAGGACUUCAUGCCCUUCGCUAUCGGCAGCCUGAGGGAGCGGGUGCCUCGACUCUUGAAGUUGAUACUUUCCUCUCUGGAGUAUUUUUUCCUCGUCGCCAUCUUCCUGGUGUACCUCUUGAUCAGUCCCGUGAAGCCGAUCAAGUCAUCGGUGUGGGGCAUUAUCGACCUACAAAUCCGGCGCUACAUCAGGCUCAAGACAAUGGUGGGGAUGUUGGCGGCGACGGUGGUGACGACGAUGCUGUGGGUCCUCGGGGUGCAGAUGGCGUACGUCUUCGGCAUCAUCACGUUCGUCCUCAACUUUGUCCCCAACCUGGGGCCCAUGAUCGCCACCUUCUUGCCGAUGCCACUGGCCAUUUUUGAUCCCGACAUGUCGCACCUGAACCAAGUCCUGGCGUUUGUUCUCCCCACCACGGCGCAUCUGGUGAUCGGGAACUUGGUCGAGCCCGGACUGUUCGGGGAAUCGUUCGAGCUGUCCCCUGUCGUGGUUCUUCUCUCCCUCGCAUUCUGGGGCUCGUUGUGGGGGAUUCCUGGCAUGAUCCUGGCGGUUCCAAUGGUUGUGAUCACGCGAAUCGUGUGCGACCACCUGGACCACCCGUAUGCCAAGACCCUCAUGAGGUUGCUGGAGGGCAACGUGUUCGAGGCCCGGGAAGAUGACACCUUGAUACCCAACUGGAACAACGGCGCGGGCGGCGGUGCCAACGGCGGCGGUAUCAGCAGCAGCCCGGCCAGCGUGUUUGGCGGGAGCGAGCGCGCAGAUGUGGCGCUAGCAGCCGCGGAGAUCGGGGCCGGACGGCGAAGCCGCCGGUCUUCGUCGGAGAAGGCGCCGGUCAACACGGAAGAUGACCACCGAAGAUACGGGACCGGCACAUAG